AUGGAGACGCCGCCUCGCCCAGAACUAUUUGACUUCCAUGGCAUCCCAAUGACAAAAUACUUCACUGACAACUGGGACAAUGUGACGAACUUCGAGGCCAAAGCGGAUGAUAUUGUCAUCGCCACUUAUCCUAAAUCAGGAACCACAUGGGUCUGCUACCUCUUGGACCGUCUAUACUUUGGAAAGACGCAUCCAGAGGAAGAGACGUCCCUACCUCUGUACAUCAGAGUACCGUUUCUGGAGCUCUGCAUACCUGGUCACCCCAAAGGAAAAGACCUGGCAGACCAGCUCACCAUCACUCCCCGUCUCAUUAAAACUCAUCUGCCGGUCCAGCUUGUACCAGACACGUUUUGGGAGCGUAACUGUCGGGUCAUUUAUGUGGCUCGUAACCCCAAGGAUGUCGCUGUGUCCCAUUUCCACUUCUGUCGCAUGAACAGCAUCCAUCCUGCACCAGGAAACUGGGAAGGCUUUUUGCAAAGAUUCAUGGAUGGGAAUAUGGUGUACGGACCCUGGCAUGAUCACGUAAUCGGCUGGUGGGAGAAGAAAAAAACAUAUCCCAAUCUUCAUUAUAUUUUCUAUGAAGAUUUGACUGAGAACUUGGCAGAAGAAAUCGACAAGCUGUGCAGGUUCCUGGACUUGACUCCCUCAGCGGAGGAGAAGGAGCGCAUCAUCUCCGCUGUCAAAUUCGACAGCAUGAAAGACAACAAGCUGACCAACUUUACCAACGCUCCCUUGAUGAAUCUGACCUUGUCUCCUUUCAUGAGAAAAGGGAAAGUCGGUGACUGGAAGAACCAUUUCACCGUGGCCCAGAGUGAAGAGUGUGAUGAACACUACAAGCAGAAAAUUAGGAACCCCGCACUGCAGUUCCGCACUGAAGUUUAG